GAAAACUAAUUUCCCUCUUUGGGUCGGGCAGCGCACAACUUCUCUCUCAAAACAGGAAAGGUUUUUUUUCCCCCUCAGACUUUCGGAGCAACUUUCACUGCAGUUAGUUUUUUUUUGUUUUCUCUCUGCAAACAUGUGUACAGGAGCGUGUUCCCGUUUCAUCGCUGUGGCUCUGUACCCGUUAGCAGCCAUAUCCAUCAUCUGUAACAUAGUGCUGUUCUUUCCGGGCGGGGACAUCAAGUAUGCCAAAGAUGGAAACAUUACAGAGGAGGUGAAGUACAUGGGGGGCCUCAUCGGAGGGGGUCUAAUGGUGUUGAUGCCAGCACUCUACAUCCACUUGACUGGAAAAAAGGGCUGCUGUGGAAAUCGCUGUGGGAUGUUCUUGUCCAUUGCAUUGGCUGCAGUGGGAGUGGCCGGCGCUCUGUACAGCUUCCUUGUGGCAGUGCUCGGUCUGCAGAAUGGACCUCUGUGCAAAAUUCUACUGGUGUGGACGACACCUUUUAAAGACGGGGACCGGAGUUACCUGACUGACAAAACCUGGUGGGGCGUGUGCACAUCACCUGAGAACAUUGUGGAGUUCCACAUUGGACUGUUCGCUACCUUGCUGGCCACCAGCUGCCUGCAGCUGAUCCUCUGUGCCAUUCAGAUGAUCAACGGGCUCUUUGGGUGCCUGUGUGGAACAUGCAACAAGGGGCCACUGUGAGGUCCUGACGGUUGUCUAGUGCCCCCUGCUGGAAGACAGAGCACAGUACUGUCCACAUUGCACACAAUAUUCACAUUGAAAUGAUUGCUCAAAGUGUUUCUUCAGAUUUUUAUACUUUCUAUGUGUAUAUGAUGCUUUGCACUUCUUUAUAAAAGACACAUAUCUGGAAUAUCUGGAUCAUGUUGAAGUAUGUUGUUAAAAUGGCACAGCAUUAGCAAUUAUCCAUGUUAAUAAAAUGGGUAAUUUUUUUAAAAAAUAAAAUGGAUUUUAACACAA